AUGAUAAAACCGGAAAAAGUUGUGGAAGAUCUCAAGAAACUUGUAUCUACGAUUCUUGGCUUGUACAGAAAAGCGCUGUUUGCCGUUUUCUGGAAGCAACUUGCGCUAAUGAGUCAUGUCCCUUUGGAACCGUAUGUUGAGGAUGUCCUGAAUGCUCUCUUUCCCAAUGCAUGUCUGGAUCCGGAUGACUCUAGUGUGACGUUGAAUCCGACGGCUAUCAAAAAUCACAGCGAAGCAUUCAGAUGUUUUCACCGACACGAUUUGCCGACAAGAAUUGUCUACUACCUGUUACACAAAAUACAAAGUGUCGUUGAUAUGCAGAAGCUUGGAGCUAUAAAUGUAUUGCGACAUCUUCUCAAUUCAGCUGGCCAAUACAUGGAAGACAAACGGUCACUAUUGAUGAUGGGGCUUCGAAAGCUGCUAGCUGCUGAAAACAAUUCAUCAAUCAGGGUGAAGCGUGCUAUUGUACAGCUCUGUGUGGCAUUAUCUGAUCAUGCUUACGUUGAUGCUGAAGGUGGUGCAUUGACGGCAUUUCUUGACGAAUCUCGUACCACCAUCAGAGCAGGAGGUUCACAGGCUCGUAAAGUAGAAGUGGAUGUGGCUGGUUUGAAUCAACUUCGCACUCAGUGUGGCCAAGCGCUCCAUACGAUCGCAAGUACAUGUGUCUGUGCUAAUAAAUUGCUUUGGCCAUAUUUGUUCGAAUUUAUAUGCACCGAACGUUAUUUCCCAGUGGUGGGAGAUAUUUGCAAAUGUUUGCGAACGCUUGUAACGAGAGAAUUACAAGAAGGGAGAGAAUUGGAUUUCGAGACUGGAUUUGACAACGCUCGUGUAGCUGGCAAUCAUGCUGUGCUAGCACGCCUUUUCGUAUGCUUGUGCAACGCCCCGCUGAACGGACUUUUAGCAAGGAGAGCAAGAGAGUUAUGGUUUGAUGCGCGUGCUAGGCUCGUGGUUCCAUCCGUCGAUGACCGAUGUGUGCUCGAGAAAUGGUCAGAUCGUAUGGAAUCUCUUAUGGAUGAAGUGUGCAGCACAUCACUACCGAGUCCAUCAGGAGAGUGUUCACCAGCAGUUGAACUGAGAGGACGUCGAAUAGCG